GUCCGAAGACGUGUUAUGCCCUUGCAACUCGAGGCGAAUGACAAGAUUUGUGAUGACAAUGAGGUACCAAAAUAUCAGAACACCUACUGUAUGGAAUCACAGAAUCCUUUCAAAGUUGACGAAGUGGACAAAAUCGUGCAAUCAGUGAUGAAUAGUCGUUUAGAUGAGCUCACUUAUGAUGACGCGGAGAGUGUGAAAUUGUGUGGUGAAAUCGCGUCGGAGAUACGUCGACGUGUGAAGAAGCUCAACUUCAACAGGGUCGACAACCUCCACACGAUGUCCGCACCGUUGCUGCUGUUGUUGGUCACGUCGCUCUUGGCCUCCUCAAACGUCCACGUGCUCGCACGCAACGUAGACUAUUGUUUCGCCGAUGAAGACGAGCCGUACCUUCAUAUGGCCACUAAAACGGCCUACCACUUCGUCCAUGGUGACAGAACUCAGUUCAAGACAGUGCCGAACUGUCGGCCAGUGCAAAUGUGGAUGUUAGCGGCGCACGGCACUCGUUGCCCGACCCUCCACGAGAUCGACGAGAUUAACGCUCUGACCGAUCUUAGGGAUCAGAUAAUACACAAUCACGAAACGCGCCGCGAGGGUCGUAUGUGCAACCGAGACUUGGACAACCUAAAGAAAUGGCAACCGGAUGAGUAUCUGAAGUCGCAUCGGGCGGAGGUGCUGACGCCGCAAGGGGUCGAGGAUAUGAGGUUGUUGGCGAGCAGAUUGCAGAGCAACUUCCCGGAGCUACUGCACCUCACCAUCAGCAACAUAUCGUCCGCCAAUUACAAGUUCCGGGCCACCGAGGCACAGCGCAGCAUGGAAUCCUUCAUAGAGCAACUUUUUGGAAGUAGGCACGCUAUAGACCCCGAAGAGAGUUCCUUGAACGAUACUCUACUGAACGCAUACAAAACAUGCGGCGUGUGGGAAAACGACGGGCACGAGCAACCGUACGAGAAUACGGAGCACAACUUGUUCACCGCUGGACCACUAUUUCAGGACCUCGUAAAUAACGUUAGUGGGCGACUAGGAUUCCUCUAUAAUAUCACCGUUGAAAAAAUUGAUGCCAUGUACGACGCAUGUCGAUAUGAGAAGGCUUGGACAGUCAUCAAAUUGUCCCCUUGGUGCGCUGUCUUCUCCAAGGAAGAACUUCGAAUCCUGGAGUACAGAGAGGACCUCGAUUACUACUAUAAAGCAGGCUACGGGCGUGAAAUCAAUGCUCGACUGGGAUGUCCCUUGUUGCACGAUAUGAUGCAACAUUUUUGGAAAACAGCACGUAACGAAAUGUCGGACGAACCCCUGGGUAUCUUCUACUUCAGUGAUAUUGUCAGUCUGCAAAAUCUUUUGACCACAAUUGGCAUAAGAGAAGAUCAGACACGAUUGACAGCCUUCAACUAUAAAGAUAUGGCCAACAGACAAUGGCGAACCUCUUUAAUGUCCUCCUUCGCCGCGAAUCUUAUUGCAGUAUUCUACAAAUGUGACGAUAGCAAAGAUAACAAUAAAGUAAUGUUUUACUUGGCGGAAAAACCGAUACAUUAUGAAGGUUGCUAUGUAGGACUCUGCGAUUGGGAAUUUUUGAAGAGCAAAUUUGGACAGCUGGCAUCUAAUUGCAAGCUGGAUGUCUGUUGGAAAGCGAGUGGAGCACCUGCUAACUUCUUUUCUCUGAAUUCCAUAGCCAUCUUACUUGGGUGCUUCAUUCUAGUCCGCCUUGGCUAUCAACUGUAAAUAAAGUCCGUUUGACUGUUGAAUGUGACCAUGGCCAGUCCUCGGACGCGACGAGUGCUAGGUGAAUUGAAGCCGAAGGAUGAGAACAAUAAAUGUUUUGAAUGCGGCAGUCAUAACCCACAAUGGGUAUCUGUAACAUAUGGUAUAUGGAUAUGCCUGGAGUGUUCUGGCAAGCAUCGUGGCUUGGGUGUGCACUUGUCUUUUGUUCGUUCUGUCUCCAUGGACAAAUGGAAAGAUGUGGAACUAGAGAAGAUGAAAGUAGGUGGCAACAAAAAUGCUCGAGAAUUCUUCGAGAAACAACCUGACUGGGAUGAGUCCAUGUCUAUUUCUCAGCGUUAUAAUACAAAGGCAGCAGCAUUAUAUAGGGAUAAAAUUGUUACAUUGGCACGAGGAGAAUCUUGGAGUCCAAGCAGUUCAACAGCUAAAGAUUUUCAGCCUUCCAUGUAUGUCGAAAGUAGGCAAGAACAUUCAUACCAAAGUGAUGUAUCCUCAACAUCUUACCAGAAUAUGGACUCAAACAGUCUGAAGACACAAACGGAAUCUUUCUUUGUAAAAAAACAGAAUGAAAAUGCCAAUCGUCCAGAGAAUCUACCACCCAGUCAAGGUGGUAAAUAUGGAGGAUUUGGUUACCAAAUGGAUCCACCACCUAAGAGUUCAUCCCAGGAGCUAUUCGACAAUGCAGUAUCUUCAUUAGCAACUGGCUGGUCAAUAUUUUCCUCCUCGGCAUCGAGAAUAGCGAGCAAGGCUACCGAGAAUGCUAUUAAAAUCGGAGGACUCGCGACACAAAAAGUUCGUGAUGGCACAUUAUUAGAGGAAGUUGGAGUCCAAGUCAAUCAUUUGGCUGCAAAGGUAGGAGAUUUAGGAAGAAGAGGGUGGGGUGACAUCGCUGGGACCAAUUCAGCUGAACAAAAUCAAUAUGAUUCCACGGACCGGUAUCAGUGUUCCAGUAAUACAUACCAGAAUAGUGACUCGAUACAAUCCAAUCGUUCCAAUGAAAAAUCAUCUCUUGUGAGAAGUUCCAGUUCGAAAGGUAGUAUGUCGUCCACUGGAGGUUCUUGCAAUACCUCGAAUCGCGAUUGGGAGUGGGGCAGUGAUAUCAAGCAGACAAGCAAGGCCUCAAAGAAACCAACAAAAGAAAAGAAGGAGGAGUCGUUGAUUAGUUUCGAAACAGACAAUAAAACACAGAACUGGAAUUCCAAACUGGAAGAUGAUGCCUGGGAAAUAUUAAACAAUUAAUGAUGAUACAAUUAGCGCAAAUUAAGAGAUAUUGAUACGUGUUAAUUUUGACAGAUUAACACGUUGAUUGCCGUGUUGAUUUUAUAUUGAUUGUAUAAAGGCAUAAUCGAUGAUCAUAUUACCAAGGAGAUGAUAAAAAAUGUAAUUUGAAAUGCGUGGAUCUUUUACCUUGUUUCAUUAGCUUCUUAUUAGCUGUACAGCCAACUUUUAAGAUGCAAUUAUACCUUAUACGCAACUUAAUAAUUCAUGAUAGUAUCAUGGUAUCAGUAACCAAUGACCACGACAUUCAACGUGUUAAAGAAAAAGACAAAUGUUUUUAUGUAUAAGACAGGUUUCUUAAAGAGAAACUCAUUUUUCUAAUAUUCAAUAGAAUAGACGACAAUUUCGUUUUAUAAUUCAUAACGUUAUAUUAUAUGAAUUAAGUUAUUAGUGGUUAAAUUAAAUUAAACGAAAGUAAUCUACUUCUUCAGUCUUGAAAUCAUUGAGAUAAUUAUUACACAUGCAAAAUCUAAAAGUAUCACACUGAAGAAAUGUAAAAAAAAAUUAUACAUGACUCAAUAUAUUAAAAUAACUUUGAGAUCUA